GCCGCCGGGAGGCGGAGAGGAAGCGGGACGCGAGAGCGGAGAGCCCCGGUAGCGCGGUCGUACCUCCCCGCUCCGCUGGGGAGGCGGACAGGGGAUGUCGCCGGAUGCAGCGUGGCACGUUUCUGCCACCUCUGCUGGGGUGGCAAGCAAGCGUUUCCUCCUUGUUUUCGUAUUUUCAUAUAAAUCUCUCAGAAGAUAAUCUGCAGAGCUUUAAAUCUGUAAAGGCUGGUUAAGUGUUUUUAAACACUGAGGGCUUUUAAACCCUUUCUGCCCUGCAUCCUGGAAUGGACACCAGCGGGGUUGGGUAGCUCGGUUUUCCCGCCCUGAGUUUCCAGGUGUGCCCCAGCGUCCUGUGGCCUGGCUCACGUGUGCAAACACAGGGUUGGACUGAGGCAGCGGCUGCUGGUUUGAGAGCAUCUGUUGCCUUCAGGGGCGCUAUGGCUACCUUAGAGCAUUCAGCAGCUCUUCUGGCAGUAACAAAAUGUCUCUCUCCCCAAACUCGUGCUUGGAGUGAAGUUCAGACUCUGCGAACCGGCAAAUAAACCAAAGCUGGUAUCUGUAUGGCAGAGUUGUCUGUCAUACAGAUGGAACCGAUGAGUAUUCACCACUGCCUGCUUGCAUGUGGUUCCCUUUGUUGCAAGGAAUAAAUGAUAACAUAUCAGUUCACUUUUCAGUUGUUUUAUAGAAAGUAAUAAAGUAGGUACUACAGAAUACAGACAUACUACUGCACAUGUGGUGAAUGCUGUAUAGAAGGUUUGUGGGUUUGGUUGGUUGGUUUGUUUUUAUGGAUUUUUUAGCUCUUAGUUUUUUAAAAUAUCAAGAAUCGUAAACAUUUAGUAUUUCCUGCUACAGGAAUGUUGGAAACAGUAAAAGUAAUGAGCUCUGACCUUUACCAAUAUUUUUCUCAUACAGCUGUAUGGUGUGACCAGUCCUGGGGGCCGCUUAGGGUGUGCAGUUCCCUACCUGUAUAAAUGGCACUUGCUGUCAGUCUUCAGCAUGGCCAAAAUCCAAGUGAGAGAUUUGAGGCCUAAUCCCACAAACCCUUCCUUGCACGAGGCGUCUCGUUUGCUUUGGGUAAACAAACCAAAGUCAAACUUGUUUACAGGAACCUGGACCAGCAAGUGGAGUUAAUGAGUUUUUUUGUGCAAAUAACAUUUGGUGCCAUAGAACAAACUGCCCUUGUUUCAAACGGGAGUAGUGCUGGGUCCUAACCCAGGGCCAGGAGGGUUCAUGUUCAGCUAAUCCUGGCUGCCUGAAGUUUAUUUUUAGUUCAGAAUUAGCUGAGGUUCAAUGUGAGCAGCGUUAGGGAGCAUAGACCAGUUCACAGUGCCUCUUUCAGGGAGCAGCUUCAAAUGAUAUGGGAAAGAAACAAGUGUGCCCGCCUCGUGCCCUUCCUCCAGUGCCAAGUGGAAGCCAAGAUGAAAUUCCACUCAGUCGUCCCAAAAAAAGAAAACCCAAAGGAAAGACUCCAUUAGAUGGCAUCGUCCACGCCGCGGUGCGGCGGCAGUCUGAGAGCAGCGAGCCCCUCACUCCCGAACACCAGGAUGUCCCUCCGCAGAGGAAACGCAAGAAGAAGAAAGCACCUGCUGAUUCUGAGACCUCUUUUACCCAGCAAAAUGUUGCAUCCCUGUUUCAGAAUGGAAAUGGCAUGGAUGUCCCUGAAGCUGAAGAAACAGUGGUCCGCAAACAGAGAAAAAGAACUAAGAAACCUCGGCCGGCCGAAAUGCAGAGUCCCAAUGAGCUGGAAGUGGAGGAGGAAGACAUCAUUGAAGAUGAGCACAGAAAGAGCCCAGAUCAGCAGCCCGUGUUUGCUGCUCCCACUGGAAUUAGCCAGCCUGUUAGCAAAGUGUUUGUUGAGAAAAAUCGGCGUUUUCAGGCAGCUGACCGUGCAGAAUUGAUUAAAACCACUGAAAAUAUUAAUGUACUUCUGGAUGUCAAGGCUUCAUGGACUACUAGAGAUGUUGCCCUCUCAGUGCACCGAAGUUUCAGGGUGAUGGGACUCUUUACCCAUGGCUUCCUUGCUGGGUAUGCUGUAUGGAACAUCGUUGUUAUCUACAUUUUGGCAGGACAUGAGCUUUCCACAGUUUCUAACCUGCUUGAACAGUAUAAGCCAAUAGCAUACCCAGCUCAAAGUUUGUUCUAUUUGUUGCUGUCUAUCAGUACAGUCUCAGCCUUUGACAGGACUGAUUUGGCAAAAGCCUCAGUUGCAGUGAGGGGCUUUCUUACCCUAGACCCAGCAGCAGUAGCCUCUUUCUUGUACUUUGCUGCUCUUAUCUUGUCCUUAAGCCAGCAGAUGACAUGUGACAGAAUCAACCUCUACACACCACCUUCGGAAAAUGGCAGUAUCUGGACUGCAGGUACAGAGGAAGAAAUUGUUCAUUCAUGGGUUGUGGUGAAUCUGGUAGUGUCUGUUCUAGUUGGGACAAGUUGGAUCUUCUUGUCUUACCGACCAGAGCUAGACCACAGUGAAGAAUUGAUGUUUCAUGCUGAAAUUGAGGAAUUUCCCCAGGGAGAUGUCAUACCCAGAGUCCAGCCAUAAGUGUGGAACAAGAACCUGCAACUAUUGUAGCUGGGACUGAUGGCACAACAUGUUGUGUAUUAUAGCUAUGUAUUAUAAUUUUCAUAAAGAAAAAAAUGUAUUUUUAUAUUGUAUAUAUUUAAUGUUGAUCUUUUUAUGUAUGUUACAGUUUCCAAACGUGAUUGAAAACUUUUAUACUUUUGCUUUUUAUUUUACAAAGCAGAUUAUUCCUAGUGCAAAAAGUCAAGGUUUAUUUUGUAAAUAUUGCUACCUACAUAGCCAAAGACACUAGAGGGUUGCAGAAGAUCAGGUGUUCAGAGCUUUUUUGAUGGUUGUAACACUCUUCAACAACCUGCUUUUAUUACUUAUGCUGACAGCAGUUAGCUUAUCUGACUUGGUUAAAUGUCCUCUAGAGAUUAAAACAAGUCAUAAGACAAAAGUAGUCUAAGGAAGAGAAGAUGAUAACAAAAGAAGAGUUAGGAAACAUAAAA